AUGAUUUUUAACUUCUGACAGGAGUCCCUUUUUGGAAGCUGGAAGACAACGAGAGUUGGGAUGGCGUUACUGAAGGCAGUAAGACACCUGAUUCUUCUUCUGGUGAUAUACUACAGUGUGGCAGAUCACAGAUACAGAGAGGCUUUGGAUCUAUUCUAUGAGGUAGCAUCAGAAUCAGACAUUCAUGCCAGAGAAAAAAGACAGGUCCCCCCAGCUCCCUUGCUUUCCACUGAUUAUGUACUCCAAGUUGACAUCAAUACCUCUGACCUGGCACUUCUCAAAAAGGUUUUGAGUGAACUUCCUUCAGGUAUCAACUUGGCAAACAACACUGUAAUUACCAGCAUCAACACCACAACAGUGUGUUCCCCAAAUGGAUCUGCAUACCAGUGCAGAUGUGAGGAGAACUAUGCUUGGUCGUAUAGGACCUGCAGUACCUUAAACCCCUGUGAUGCAAUCAUUGAUAAUACCUGUGGAUGCAUUAAUUCCCUUCCGCCUGAUGGCCGGUACUGUGAGCUAAACACCAGUCAAACAGGUAUGCCUGAGUUGGUUGUCUAACCACAAGAUACGUUUGCUCACUCAGGAGAAUUGAAUUACACACUGAGAUGUGUAUCAUCUGGA